UCCUCCCAUCACUUAUCAUGGCUCUCCUCUGCUGCAACGGGCUCAGCGCCUACCGUCCUCUCCGGACUGACCACGAGUCCAAGUUCGACAUGUUCAAGGCCUGGGCGGCCUACCCCCGUGAGACGAGCCCUGGGGAUGAUGUCCAGCUUGACCCAAGCAGCUUCAUCAUCCAGCUCGUCCGCCAAGUCAACUUCGGGUCUGUCGAAGCCAAGCGUUACUUUGUCCCUGACGGGGACGGAGGCUUCGUCGAGGUGCGGGAGCAGGACAUCAUCAACGCCAACUUCCGCAAGGUCAACUCUUACAAAAACUUCAAGUGCGCCGCGCACAACAAGUUCUACGAGUUCAAUCUGUAUCAGAGGGACCCUGUGAACAUGCAUCACUAGCGCGCGGACGUGGCGCGUCCAGCCAGCGAGAUCGACCUCUGACAGGCCGUCAAGGCGAAGGGGAUUCUUUCAUUCUACGCCUGUAUGGGUUGGACACGAUUUCACGGGCCGCGUUUGCGGGCGAUAAGUCGUCACGUGGUCUGAGCGGAUUACGACGUAAUUGCGGGCGCCACCGAUAAGCCAGCUAGCUGGUGGUUCAAACUUUAUACACGAGUUCAGCUCCUUCCGGAUAUUACAGUAGUCUAAAACUUCCUCCCGGGCGGCUGCUUCGGCGCACUCAGG